GAUGUUGAGGGGGUGGAGAGAGUGUUAGGGGUGUAGGGGGACUGACAGCCACUGAUGUUGGCGGCAAAUUAGCAUGUGCGCUAAUCAAGCUUCACCCCUGAGAGCGGAGACAGACGGAGAGGCAGUGGGGUGGGGCGGAGGGGGUCUUGUUGUCAUUAUUAACGUUGUACAAUCUAAAUGCACUCGCACAAAGAAGCACCCUCUUUGGUCGGAACAAGCUCCCUGAUGGCUUAAAUAAUUGAGCGGGGUUGAAGGCGUUAUCUUCGCAGAGGGCUCGGAUCUCAAAGCGGUGGUGGCAGCGGCGGCCCUGAGAACCACCAUGUUUCCACAUCUCUUUUCUUUUUGAAAUCAAAUCGUUCUAUAAAUAGCCCUCACUCCCUCCCUCUCUCCCUCCUUCCCCGGCGCUGCAGAGAGCGUGAGGAUCCUGCAGUAAGACGUAACGUUUGGGUCGUCCACCGUUGCGACCCGUCGCUCUGUUUUAAAGCUCAAGCUUUGCACCGGCUUUUGUCUCGGGCGCUGCAUUCUCGAGAUUCUCUCGACUGCGGUGCAGCAGCCCGAGAGAUGCCACAUGCUGUCAAAUCUCGCUCCUUUGUGUGCGGCUCUGGCUGCUUUUUAAACUGUGAUUGGUGGAAAGGCUAUGGUGGAAUUGCAAAACCCACCCUAUCAAAGCACGGAGAAAGAUGUGCUGGCGCAGUCAGUUGUUGAUUAAACCCUUGUGCCUCUGGGCAGAACCGCAGCCAUCCGAGAGCCCUCCAAAUGAAGUUGGUUAAAGCCACUACAGUGGCGUUAGGCGUCUGCCUGAGUCACAGCGGAACGGAGCCUUUGUUUUGAUUGAGUGCUGUCAGUCUAACUGGUCUCUCUUUCUUUCUUUCUUUCGCAGACUGCCUGCUAGGUUGAGGAGAUUCGGGGUGUCCCAUAGACCCCUAGGUUCCUCCGAUGAACCCCAUCAACUCCAUGAAACCUGCCCUGCCUCCAACGCCACACAGUGACGCCUCUUACCCAUAUGAUCCUGUCCCCUGGCAGCAAGGCCCCAAUCAGCCUGCCGGCUCCCUCUCUGUGGUAACCACAGUGUGGGGGGUAACCAAUCCUUCACCCAGCCAGGUUUUUGGUGCUCCCAUGGGUCCAGGCGGCAACUCAGCUGGUGGUCACAUGAUGCCUGGCAACAGCCCUGGCAUGAACUCCCCUCAGUUCAUGAGCCAGCAGGGCUACCCCGAGCCCAACAAGGGCUUCAUGCAGCAGGGCAUGUACGGGCGACCCAGCGGGGGAUAUCCAGCCGGGCCUGGAUAUGGGGGCAGUUACCCCAAUAACGGAGGGGGUUCCCUCGGGAUGCCGCCCCAUGGAGUCCGCCCGCCCACCGACUUUACCCAAGCGGCCGCCGCAGCAGCCGUGGCUGCAGCCGCUGCCACAGCCACGGCCACUGCCACAGCAACUGUCGCUGCGAUACAGGAGAAGCAAAACCAGGAGCUGAACUACGGGCCUAUGGGUGGUGCUUCCUCGUACAACACCCAGUUCCUGUCGCACUCCGGACCCCGGGGCCCGCCCGGCAUGGCCCCCUCUGGAAUGGUCGGCUCCAGACCCCCUUCCAUGGGACCCAUGUAUCCACAGCAGGGCCAGAGGUUGCCGCAGCAUCCCGUCUACCCUGGAGGCCAGCAGGGUCCUCCGCGCCACCAGCAGGGCCUGAAACGCCCCUACAACUCUGACGGAUUUCCGGGUCAGCAGUAUGGUCCCGGGAUGGGAGGUGGGGGCCCGUACCCAGGCCAGCCCAUGCAGUACCACGGCCCUGGACCACAGCGGUCCGCUCCUUCCCCGUCUUACCCAACCCACCGAAUGCCCCUCCAGCAACCCAAUAUGGGCCAGUAUCCUGCAGGACCAGGAAACCCCAACCAGUACUACAAGCAGGCGGACCAGUUUAACGGACAGGGCAACAGCCACAGCAGUCUGUCCUCAGGAGUUUCGGGAGCCGGGUACAACACCUUCAACCAAGCCGCCGUCAACGGGCCCGGACGUGUGAUGCCAGGAUACCCCAGCUCUCCUCUCCCAGGAAACCCCACUCCUCCCAUGACCCCUGGCAGUUCGAUGACCCCAUAUUUGUCCCCUGGCCAAGACGUCAAGUCGCCCUUCCUUCAUGACGUCAAGCCCAACAUUAACUCUUUGCAGUCACCUACAGGAAACCCCAGUGAUGACCUGCGCCUGACCUUCCCUGUACGGGACGGGGUGGUGUUGGAGCCCUUUAGAUUGGAGCACAACCUGGCUGUCAGCAACCAUGUCUUCCAGCUGCGAGACUCCGUGUAUAAGACCCUUAUGAUGAGGCCUGACCUGGAGCUGCAGUUUAAGUGCUAUCACCAUGAAGACCGGCAGAUGAACACUAACUGGCCGGCAUCGGUGCAGGUGAGCGUCAACGCCACGCCUCUCACCAUCGAGCGUGGGGACAACAAGACCUCCCACAAACCCCUUUACCUGAAGCAAGUGUGCCAGCCGGGACGCAACACCAUCCAAAUAACAGUCACGGCCUGCUGCUGUUCUCAUCUGUUUGUGCUGCAGCUGGUUCACAGGCCGUCUGUGCGCUCCGUGCUGCAGGGUCUGAUGAAGAAGAGGCUCCUGCCAGCGGAGCACUGUGUCACUAAAAUUAAGAGGAACUUCAGUAGCGGUACCAUCCCAGGAACUCCCGGCCUUAACGGCGAGGAUGGUGUGGAACAGACGGCCAUCAAGGUGUCGCUCAAGUGUCCGAUCACCUUCCGACGCAUCCAGCUUCCUGCCAGGGGCCACGACUGCAGACAUAUACAGUGCUUCGACCUGGAAUCGUACCUGCAGCUCAACUGUGAGAGAGGAACUUGGCGUUGUCCUGUGUGCAAUAAAACAGCCCUUCUGGAGGGGCUAGAAGUGGACCAGUACAUGUUGGGCAUUCUGAUCUACAUCCAGAAAAAGAAGAACAAGACGGGUUUGCACUUUAAAUUACUGUGCAGAGUGUGUUCCAGCUUCACUGACUGUCUCUUUUUCUCUUUACACCUGCCCUCCUUAAUAAAGAUGCCCCACUCUAGUCGCAUGGACCCUUCCCACAAUCCCCUUCAACAACAGCAGCAUCAACCUCUCCAUGGUAACUCCAACAUGGGUGGCCCCGGUGGACCCAUGCACUCCCGCAACUCCUCCCAGAAUCCCCGGAUGCACACAGACAGCUUUGGCCUGGGGGGCCCCGGGGGACCCGGCGACAUUUCAGAGCCGGCUCUUGAUCUUCUCCCAGAGCUGACAAACCCAGAUGAGUUGCUGUCCUACUUGGGUCCUCCAGACCUUCCCAACAACAGUAACGAUGACCUGCUCGCUCUGUUCGAGAGCAACUGAGCCCCCCGUCCCGCUCAUUCAUCAGUCGCACAUCGCCGUCCAACAUACAGCCUCCUGACCCCUCACACUCCCGGCUCGUCGAGGGGAGCUUUGGGAACAGAUAUCCGAUUACGUCUUUGCACUGUUUCCUCCUGAGACUGGAAUGCAGUGACUCAUGGGAAGGUGCAACGAAGAUCUUUUUUUGUUUGACUUUUCCUCCUGUGACAAUGUUACUGUUUGUCUGCUUCUCUGAACUCUGUCGAGAUUUUAUUGUGAAUUUCAGUUUGAAAGAGUUCCCGCUCUUCUCUCGAAUCAUUUGUAGAAAGACUCCUCAUCUCACAUCGGACUCGUGUGGUGUAAAUGACAUUGUGUGGGGUGGGUCAUUGUUUGUUUUCUUCAUUGCAGCUCCUGUUUUAAAUCUAAAUUAGAUGAGGAAUUCACUUCAGUGCUGAUCUAAAGUACUACACUUCAGAAAUCACACGGGGAAAGCCAAAGUGUCUCUGUUGUAACUUGAAGAAAACAAACACGGAUAAACGUAAUUCUCUUAAUAAACGGGCAGACUUAUGUUUUAUUUCUUUUUUUGCCCAAAGAAGACCACAAACUAGCUCCAUGUGAUAUAACAUGGUCUUAAACCACAAAUGACUUGAUCUUAAGUGAAUUUUACUUGAAGAAGACUUCAAAUGUAGCCUUUUUCCUUUUAUACGUGCUAAUAGAGGCAAUCACAAUGUGUCAGACCUUAAACAGUAGCAUUGAAGAAGUGCACUAUUACAUUUUGCACACCACACCAAGCCCUUCGAGAGUUACCGUAUUUGCCUUCACACGAAGGAAAUUGAAGGCAGAGUCAUCUUUUGUGACACCCACACAAAUACACACACGCACACCUCAAGCCACACUAUGUGUGUGUUUUGGCACAAACUCAAACAGACUACUUUUAUGCCACACCCUGCUCUCUGUUUUCGUCUGUCUCUUGUUAGUUUCGUUCCCCCUCGAUGUUCUUUUUAAAAACGGUCUUCCUCCCCUGUGGGCUUAAGGCCACGAGGUCUGGAUUUCUAGCAUUAUAAAAAAAGGACUAGUAUCCUUGAUCGCCGUCGGCUCAAAUCACACCCUCACUUGCGGACACAUUUCACUCGCCCUUAAAUAUGCAAGUUUGGGCUGUUAUUUGGUAGAAAAUCAGUUUUCUGUGUGAAGCUUUGAAACCAGACAGAGCACAAACAGCCCAGUAGCACCUUGUAGACAGGUUAUAAAACACACAAAUCCACACAAGGACAUUUUUUGGACAAACACCUUCCCGUAGUGAGAUUAUGCUCGGACAAAUCUAGGUGGGUGGGAGCGUCACAACAGGAAAUGGACUAAUGUUUAUAGCCGCACUCAUACUUGAGGAGGAAAACAUUGGGAUUCAUGUGAAAUAUGUACAGAUAUAGUAUUAUUAUUGUCGCAGAUGUGAACUUUCUCUUAACCCCCUAUGGAAA